AUGCUUUACAAGAAGGUACUAGUUCUGGCUCCUAAAAUUCAACUAUUUAUUUGGAGACUACUGAAGAAUGGACUAGCUGUGACAGGAAACCUAAGCAAACAUAUUCCAGGGAUUAAUGAUGAAUGCAGAUUGUGCAAUAAAGCAACUGAGACUAUGGAGCAAUUCUUCCUUCACUGUGAAGCCUCUCAAGCUGUUCUAUUUGCUUCUCCUAUGAGUCUCAGAACCAGUAUGAACCCAAGUAUUACAGUCAAGGAUUAUCUUGCAAGCUGGCUGAAUGAAGGAGGAGAAUAUAUGAAGUUUAAAAUGGGGACUUGCCUUUACUGGGAUCUAUGGAAAGCCAGAAAUAAUAUUAUUUUUAACGGUGGCAAAUUCAGUAUACAGGGUACUCUCAAGGAAGCAAUGUACUGGUACAAUAUGCAGCUAAGUACUGAUGUGUAUGAAGUCAUCCCCACAGAAAAGGAUAUCUUACAGGAUGAGAAAGACUUAUGGGAACCUCCUCCUGACAAUAAGGUCAAGAUAAACUUUGAUGGCGCAGCUGGGUCUAAGGGAUAUGCUUGCAGUGCAGUGGCGAGAGACAAUACUGCUAAUUUCAAGGGAGGGCCGAAUAAGGUGCUUAACUUCAUCUCUGCAGUGGAGGCUGAAACUCAUGGCGCUCACUUAGCAGUUGAUCUAGAUAUAUGUAAAGGCCUGAAUGACGUCAUCAUCGACGAAGACUCUCUUAUCAUCAUGAAUUCUCUCAGAUAUAGGCAUUACCAGUAUCCUUGGCGCAUUCAAAAUUAUAUCAGCAGAAUCAAAGAUAAUCUUCACAAUUUCAAUUCUGUGAUAUUCAGAUUUGUCAGAAACACAGCCAACAAAGUGGCUCAUGAACUUGCGGCUCAUGCUGCAACUAACCAAUCCUCUCGAAUUUGGUUGAACUUCUCUCCUUCUUGUAUUACUCAGCUCAUUGAGCUUGAGGCUUCUCUUCUUGCUUAG